CCGGCAGACAGGAGACAAACUCCAGGAAAACGGAGCUGGAGCACGACGUAACGGGAUAAGGAGGGACACAAUUCGGUGUAAACUUUGUAUGGACAUGUGAAUAUCAUUGGAGAACUUCUGACAGCAAAGCCGGACGUUUAGGGAGGAAAUAUUUAUAGUUUAAAACAGCAUAUACCGCUAUUGUUUACACAGUAGAGUAUUUUUGUUUUGUUUUGUUUUUUUUUCCCCUUGCGGCGUUAAUGAAGCAUGAUUGAAAAUAGAGUUUGACAAUGCGAAUGGACUGUGUUUGUGUCUAUUGAGGAGGUGGUCGGUGGAGCCUACCAAUGCCAGCCCGUCCUCGACACUCCAAAGCUGCAGCCUAACAAGUUAUUAUUGCAUUAUUUUCCCUGGAGCUUCAUUAAGAAUAAACCACAAGCAUGGCAGAACACGAGAGCCUGGAGUAUGGAAAGGCUGACUUUGUGCUUUUGGACAACGUGUCUAUGGAAGAAUUCAUGGCAAACCUAAAACUCAGGUUUGAGAAAGGGAGGAUCUACUCGUACAUCGGUGAGGUGGUAGUGUCUGUCAACCCUUACCGUGCCAUGAACAUCUACGGCCGUGACACCAUAGAGCAGUACAAGGGCCGGGAGCUGUAUGAAAGGCCACCCCAUCUCUUUGCCAUCGCUGAUGCUGCUUACAAAGCCAUGAAGAGGAGGAGCAAAGACACAUGUAUUGUCAUCUCAGGGGAAAGUGGAGCAGGAAAGACAGAGGCCAGCAAGUACAUAAUGCAAUACAUCGCUGCUAUCACCAAUCCUAAUCAAAGGGCUGAAGUUGAAAGGGUAAAAAACAUGCUGCUUAAAUCCAACUGUGUCCUGGAGGCCUUUGGAAAUGCCAAGACCAACCGCAACGACAACUCGAGCCGCUUUGGCAAGUACAUGGACAUCAACUUCGACUUUAAGGGAGAUCCCAUAGGAGGCCACAUCAACAAUUACCUGCUGGAAAAGUCCAGAGUAAUUUUCCAACAGGAAGGGGAGAGGAGCUUCCACUCAUUCUAUCAGUUGCUCAGAGGCGCUCCUGACUCCUUGCUACGCUCACUCCACAUUCAGAAGGACCCAAAAGGUUACAACUACAUCAAAGUUGGAGGCCAGAUAAAGUCUUGCAUUAACGACAGUGCUGAUUUCAAAGCUGUGGCCGAUGCAAUGAAAGUGAUCGGUUUCACAGGGGACGAGAUUCAGACUGUUUACAAGAUCGUGGCCACCAUCCUACAUCUGGGUAACCUCACUUUUGGGGUGGAUGGUGAUGUGACAUUGAUAGAGAACUCCAAGCUGGUGUCUGUAAUCAAAGACCUGCUGUCCACCAAAGAGGAGAAUGUGCAGAAGGCUUUGCUGUAUCGCACUGUGGCCACCGGUCGAGACAUCAUUGAGAAGCAGCAUACAGAGCAAGAGGCCAGCUAUGGACGGGAUGCACUAGCCAAGGCCAUGUAUGAGCGUCUUUUCUGCUGGAUUGUGGGUCGUAUUAACGACAUCAUUGAGGUGAAAAACUACAAUGCUAACGUCCACGGGAAGAACACGGUCAUCGGGGUGCUGGACAUCUAUGGUUUUGAGAUUUUCCAGAACAACAGCUUUGAGCAGUUCUGUAUCAACUACUGUAAUGAAAAGUUGCAGCAGCUGUUCAUCCAGCUGGUGCUGAAGCAGGAACAGGAAGAGUAUCAGAGAGAAGGCAUCCCCUGGAAACAUAUUGAUUACUUCAAUAACCAGAUCAUUGUGGACUUAGUGGAGCAGCAGCAUAAGGGCAUCUUUUCAGUGCUGGAUGAAGCCUGUAUGAAUGUGGGCAAAGUCACCGAUGAAGUUUUUCUUCAAGGGCUUAAUGGAAAACUGGCCAAACAUGCCCACUACACCAGCCGCAAGCUCUCACCGACUGACAAGAGUCUGGAGUUUGACAGAGACUUCAGGAUCAAGCACUAUGCAGGAGAUGUGGUGUACUCAGUAGUCGGUUUCAUUGAUAAGAACAAAGACACGCUGUUCCAGGAUUUCAAGAGACUGCUGUAUAACAGUUCUAACCCGGUGUUAAAGGGAAUGUGGCCUGAAGGGAAACUGAGCAUCACUGAGGUCACCAAACGACCCCUGACGGCUGCAACGCUGUUCAAAAACUCAAUGAUCUCAUUGGUGGAGAACCUGGCUUGCAAGGAGCCCUACUAUGUUCGCUGCAUCAAACCCAAUGAUGUCAAGUCUCCACUGCUCUUUGAGCAGGAGCGAUGCCGUCAUCAGGUGGAGUACCUUGGACUGCUGGAAAAUGUCAGAGUGCGCCGUGCUGGCUUUGCAUACCGUCAAACAUACCCACGCUUCCUACAGAGAUACAAGAUGAUCUCAGAGUUUACAUGGCCAAACCAUGACUUGGCAUCAGACAAAGCUGCUGUGAAGAGUCUCCUGCAGGUCUGCGGCUUUGACCAUGAUGUGGCCUACGGCAAAACCAAGGUUUUCAUUCGAACCCCACGGACGCUGUUUUGCUUGGAGGAGCAACGAGCUGAAAUGGUCCAGAGAAUUGUCCUGUUUCUCCAAAAGGUGUGGAGGGGAACCAUUGCCAGAAUGCGAUACCGCCGCAUGCGAGCGGCCCUCAUCAUCCUGCGGGCCUAUCGACGCUACAAAGUCAAAUCCUACAUCCGUGAGGUCAACCGCCGCUUCAAGAACGUGAAGUCAAUGAAGGACUACGGCAGGCAUGUGAAGUGGCCCACACCUCCAAAAGUACUGCGCAAGUUUGAAGACGCACUCAGGAGCAUCUACAACAGGUGGUGGGCAUGGACGCUGAUCAAAAGCCUUUCUCCAGAAGAGGCGCUGCAGGUGAGGGCCAAGGUAGCCAGCUUGGAGGCGCUGAAGGGCCAGAGGGCUGACUUGGGGCUGCAGAGGGCCUGGGAAGGAAAUUACCUGAAGAGAGACAGACCGGAUACAGCCGCGUCAUUCACAUUAGUCUCCAGUGAGCUGCAACGAAAGGACAAAUUUAUGAGAGUUCUGUUCUCCUGCAAUGUUCGAAAGAUCAACCGUUUCCACAAGGCAGAAGACCGAGCUGUGCUCAUCACUGACCGCCACCUGUACAAGAUGGACCCCCUGAAGCAGUACAAGCCCAUGAAGAGCAUCCCCCUUUACAACGUGACAGGAGUGAGUGUGUCCCCUGGGAAGGACCAGCUGGUUGUGUUCCACACCAAGGACAGCAGGGACCUCGUGGUGUGCCUGCAGGGCAUGGUGCCUGCCAAUGAGAGCCGCAUAGGGGAACUUGUUGGCACCCUGCUUAGCCACUUCAAGAGUGAGAAAAGGAAGCUGCAGGUCAACAUUGCAAGUCCAAUCCAGUGCAGCAUGAACGGGAGGAAGUGCACAGUCAUCGUCGAACCCAAGAUUAACCAGUCGCAGCCCGACUUCACCAAGAGCCGCUCCGGUUACAUACUGGCUGUUCCUGGCAACUAAAAGAGGCCAAGGGAGACAGUGACAGCAGAUUUCAAAUGAGGCCAGGAUGAUGAUUCACCUCUGAUUCACUUCUGCUGCCAAUAAUAUGAGGAUGUCGAUAGCACCUCUGUAAGAGGAUUGGUUUAAUUGAAUCCUCAGAUCCAAGCCAUGCCAAAUUCAACCUGUUUUGUAGAUUUCUAUGCAAUGUUCAUAUAAAAAGAAAGAGUACAAUAUGACUAGGUGCAAAUUGCUUUCGUUACGCAAGUUUUGAUAUAUGCACUACAGGAUUAUCCACCAAAGUUGUUUUUUUUUUUUUUUUUUUGUAAGUCCAAAUUUCAUGACUAGCAGUUUAUUGUAAAUGAUUUAUUGUCUGAUUGGAAAAAAAAACUCAGUUAAGGUGAAAGAAGAUUAUGUUGCAACCUGUGAUGUUGCAUAAUGAGAAACAGUCCACGGGUUUUGCAGGAAUUAUAAUCCUUGCAUCAGUGGUGGAGGUAGAGCAGCGUGGUGUUUAUGUUUGAUAGUUCACCCAUCUUUGUUUUUCCUGCGUUAAAUUAGAGGACUAUACUUGUGAUUAGAGUCUAAUUGAUAAUACUGAUGAUUCUCUUAAUUGAGCGUGUACAGUGUCUACCUAGAUGGUAAAUGAUUGGAAGUGCAACUUAGAUGUUUACAAUCACAUAUGGGAACAGGAAGAGAAAUUGUCUUCUUCAUAGUGGUUCAUGAUGUGUCUGAGGCACAAAUUCCAGAUUCAUUGUUAGUUAUUCACAGGCUGCUGAGGAGGAUGUGUUGAGCAUAUCCUGAGCAUUGCAUCCUGAUACGUGCAAGUCUAUUAAUUUAAAUUUUUGCAUCUAUUCUUUACUGCUACUUUGAUAAUAAUCCAAUACUACUUAUAUAUUAAAGUUUAGAGUAUAUAUGAUGAGCAUAAGACUACAAAUAUGUUUGAGAAGCACUUAUACUGCAUAUGGUGUACAAAGGGAUAUAACUCAAACCAAAUGGAAGGCAAUAACAGACUAUAUCCAAAGCAUUAUAUUUUUUCAUUGACUGAACAUAAGGUUUGAAAUUUAAGACUUACUGCGACAGUGUUGCCGGCCAGUUUAGUGUAAUCCCAUGUGAACUUUCCUCCCCUUUAUAUUUUAUUUGGUUGUCUUUGUGUUGAUCGAAUAGACCUUAGUCAGUGGAAGAGUCUGGCACUUGACAAAUAGCCCUUCAUCAGACAAAGAGUGUGUGAGUACGGCUCUUCGAUUGAGUGUGCUCAUGCUUGUACUGUAUGCGUGUUUAUUAGCACAGCAGACUGAGAGCCUGGAAGGAAUGGGCGCAGGUUACGAGGUGCAAAGUCUGUAGCUUCCAGCUUUGUCUCCACAGUGUUAUCAGAUGGACUUACUACUUUGUCUCUGUCUCUUUAAAACCCUCCCAUUUGCUUUCCUCGGUGUGAAAAGCCAAAUCACACUGAUCGAAUUAUUGCACUUGAACACUCGGAGUUUGGUUUCUACUGUUCGCACAAGCUGUUACAUUUAAUGAAAUAUUUCACUUUGGGUUCAUUAUUUGGUGAGUGUUAGCACGUUAAAAUAUGUUGUUUUUUUCCAACCACUACAAAAUUAGUUUCAGCACAGAAGCUUAUGAGAUGGAGGUGGCAGGCUUUACACUGCAUGUUCAGUAUGAACAUCUAUCCAGAGAUUGAGCAAAUACAAGUGGAAGAAAAUUGUUUUCUUGGGAUGUGAAAUUGUGUUUGUUGCUGCUUAACAAUGUUCUGCAUAUGUCAUUCUUAUAUUAGAAUAUAAAACACCUAAUUUUGCCUGUUGCUAAGCUACUGUUUGUGGUAUAGAGUAUUCAUGGUAUGGCAGAAAAUGCCAUUCAUGCAGUAACGACAGGUCGCCUCUUAGCCACUUAUCUGUGUUUGCUCUGUAUGUGUGGAGACUAAAGUGAGAGACGACAGCCCAAGGUUAUGAAUCAGAGCUCCCUCGGUGCCUGGCCUAGUUGAGGAGGCAAAUGUGUUCUUCUACAUUAAACUGAGAGGAAGAACAACUUGUUAGUGGCCUUUGUAGCCACAGCGCCACAGUCUAAUUGUACUCCAAUGUUGUCUGAAUAAGUCGUUUAUCUUAAUUACUUCCUAAGUGCCCCUGUCUUUUGAAGGAACAAAUCUCCAUUCUACCUCGCAGCUAAAUGACCUUGUCCCUGUGUUUGAUAAGGAAGUAUGAAGCUGGAAAGAGUUGUUUAGGCGAGAAAAGUGUUGCAUUCAUAGUGUGGAUUAUAGAAGUGACAUUGGUAGCACUAAUAGAUGGUUUUCAAUGGAGCUUAGGCACAGGAAAAUGAGUGUGAGGAGUCGUGUGUGUGUGUGUGUGUGUGUGUGUGUUGUGUGUGUGUGUGUGGACAAGAGAGUGCAGCUCUCCAUAUCCUCCAGCAUGGUAAUCUCCCACAGGGCUUCUCCUCCUCUCUGCUCUGCUAUUCACCGCUCAUCAUUAGAAUGGACUCCAUGUCACUUCUCACUUCAGCGCUCCUCUCCUUGCUUUCUUAAGGAAAGAGGAGGGGUGGUGGUGGUGGUGGGGGGGUUUACCGCUAUGGGUGAACAAAGCCCUGCUUGGCCUCUUCUUCUUCUCUACUCCCUCCUCCUCCUCCUUUUCACUUCCCUUCGUCUAUCAAAUCAUUUGGCUCCUUGCCCAGUUGACUGUACCAUCCUGCAGGGCAGUGAAGGUUUUCUUCUUUUGUUUUUUUUUUUUUUCCCUCUCACUUGUCAUAUGCCCAGAAGGGAAUGUUAAACCUGGAAAUAAGAGAGAAACUACACCAGCAACAAAACAUGUCAAACAAUGAGUAUUUCAUGCACCAAAGCCAUUGCUGCACAACAGGGAGAAUAUAAUAACCUGAACUGUAAAUGCAAUGAAUUUUCCACUUGCUAAUGAGCUUGGAUUUGUCUCCAGUGUGCAAACCUAAUCAACAACGGUUAAUUUCCAUAAUAUUGAUUAUCUCUGCUAUGGGAUAGAGAAUGAGAAAUUACAAUACAGUAGGUGCAAAAAUAACAGGCUUUUCCUAAUUACACCAGUAGGAAAUGAUCAUAAAAGAAUGUGAAAGCUAGGUACCAUGUGCCAUUGUAUUGUUCUCCUUGUCUGUAGUGAGACCCUGUAACAAAUCCAUUUAUUUAUGUGGUUUUUGUGUUUUAUUUUUGCCCCUGACUUAAGUUUUUCCAUAGUAGCCAAAGAGUGACAAAUUCUCCUCACUGUUAUUGUAAACAAAAUGUGUGGGUAUAAAACACUCAUUCAGUAAGUGCCUAAUUUUAUAUUAAGUUUAUAUUUUGCAUAUUUGUGUAAUUUUCCAGUACUUCAUAUCAUAAAUACAAAGUCUAAUAGAAACUUCACCUGUUUUGUCCAAAUGUAUUCUGUAUAAAUGCAAGAGAUUCAUUCCAUGAUGUUCCACAAUUAAAGUUCAUUAAUCACUUUAUUAAUAAAUUUAUUUGCCGCAGCA